AUGUCAUACACAUACUUUUGUUCGGCUCAAGCUAGCAACCUAAGCGAAAGUGCUCUCGAUUCCUCUUGGUUCAAGUUUUGUGUCAUGGCUCCAAUGAAGGCGAUGAAGGCUAUGAAGGCUAUGAAGGCCAUGGCGGCGAUGAAAGUCAUGACAAAGGGAGCUCUUACCGGCGAUUUGGCUGAUGCUGCUGGCCUGAAGAAGGGUGACGUCAGCAAGGUGUUGGAAGCAUUGGCUGAGAUUGGCACCAGGGAGGUCAAAAAGAACGGGAAAUUUGUCGUGCAGGGCCUUUGCAUGAUCAAGACUCGUCUCAAGAAGGCCACCAAGGCCGGCAAGAAGAUGAUGUUUGGAAAGGAGGUGAAGGUCAAGGCGAAGCCUGCGAAGACCGUCGUGAAGGCAUUCCCUGUUGCAGCUCUGAAGCAAGCUAUUUGA